CGCCGCCGCCGCCGCCGCCGCCGCUCCUCGACCGGGGUCGCGACCCCGGGCGGCGUCGGCACGAGGAGCAGCAGCAACAGUCUGGACAUGUGCUCCCCGCGCGUCGUCCCGUACGUCGUUGACGCCGCCGCCGACCCGAGGGCCGAGGAGCUGGUUGAGAUGCAGAGUCCCGCCGCCGCCGCCAGCCCCACGACCGAGGAGCUGGCAGAGAUGCAGAGGGCGCAAAACGCCUGGGUGUCGGAGUCGCAGGAGCAGCACCAGUACAAGUCGAGGACCGAGAUGCACCGCGAGAAGGUGCGCCAGCAGCUCGGCCGGUCGCACGAGAGAUGCAGGACCGUCGGGCGCUCGUUGACGUCGGGCUCGACCUCCUCCUCCGGAUCGCAGCAGCAGCAGCAGCAGCAGAACCGGCCUCACCACGACCAACCGGCCCACGGAUCCGACCGGCGAUACGAGCGGCGGGACGGCAGGACCGGCGGUGACGGCGGCUACGAUAGCGACGAGGGCAGCAACUACUCGACCGACACCGUCAGGCCCGGCGCCACCAGCAGGUCCGGCGGGUCUGCCCGCCACCACGAGAGGCCCGAUGCCGACGCCGGACCCAGCAGGUCCGGCCACCGCCGGGAGCGCGGUCGCACGCCGGCGUCGCCACCGCCGCAGCCAAAGUCAUCCUUCCCCGCGACGCGGAGGGACUGGAGGCCAAGCGGCGACGGCGACGGUGGAGCUUUUUGAUGACGUAUUAGGAGGAGGACGCCGACAAUCUAUCCAUCCGCCAUCAUGUAAUGUAUCCAUGCUUCGGAUGCAUUGACGGACCUUGCGCCCACUUAUGCGCGCACCUGUUCUGGGUCAUUGUGCUCACGAUUUGCAACAGGCACUCGUGUUGUCGUGACGCCACAUUCGCACUGCGCUCUUACCUGUUAGACUAGUGAUUUCUGGGCAUACCAUGGGAUUUUUUCUACUUUUCUUUUGCGACUGGGACAAGGGGAGGCAGUCACUUUCCUCGGGGGAAACAUCGAAACGGGCCUUUUUUUUCCUUUUUUCUUCUUCUUUUUUUGGCCUAGGCUCCCUUGUUUUGUUUUUUUUCAACGUACCCGGAACGAUCUCCUUUCUCUUGUUCGCUUCGCGCCUUGGGUAUGAUCUUUCCAAUCCACUUCAAGGGGCCACCAAAUAUAGCACCGUGAUAGUUUCCAAGACCCCAUUUUUUCCUCCCUCCUGCCACAGCGAGGGAGGAGGGACCUCUCCACUUUUGCUACGUUUUUUUUGGUAGUGGUUAUGUUACCCUUUCGCUAAUGUUGCAUUGUUCACGGAUCCAAAACAGAACGGGGAGCCGACAUUUGUAGAAAAUGCGAUGGGAAGCGAAAAGAGGGAACAGACGGAUGGACGCUUGGGUUGUGAAUUUGGGGUUGUUUCAAUCAAUCUACUAAUAACCCACAACAUGGGCAUGGGCGGCCGCCCUCCCGCCGCACAGGCCGUCGUUUUGUUGCCCUGCCAUUCUUAUGUCAUGUAAACUGUAAAACGGUAAAACUCUAGUUCAAGGGGCCAAGGAGCCAUUCACGGCUCUGAAGAUGAUGACAAGUCCAUCAUGUGCAUACCAUCAUCCAUGUAUCAUCUAUCACGCCGAGUACCUAGCAACCACCUACCCCUUGGCUGAUGGGAGUCGGCAGCUCACUCCCGGUGGUCUGGUUGCGCCU